GGCGACUUAACUAGAAAGCAUGUUCAUAUAGAGAGAGGCGGACAAACGAAAAUGUAUCUCAGCGGACCGCAGCCGUACGCAAGUUUUUUAAAUGAAAGCAACGAUGCAAGUGCUGGACCUGUGGUCUACUUGGGCCAGGACUAUCCGCUCGAGUUUCAGCACAUGGUACACGCGCAUUGGCGCGGAUUUCGUGCACCGCCCAUUUACUAUAAAGCUGGCAUCUAUAUAGCGUUCUGUGUGCUCAUGUGUUUGAAUCUAUUCGGCAAUGGCUUGGUGCUCUGGAUAUUUUCAACUUCCAAAUCGCUGCGCACACCUUCGAAUCUAUUGAUACUUAAUCUGGCCAUCUUCGAUUUGUUUAUGUGCACCAAUAUGCCGCAUUAUUUGCUCAAUGGCGCUCUGGGUUAUAUUGUGGGCGGUGAGCUUGGCUGCGAUAUUUAUGCGCUAAAUGGCGGCAUCUCGGGCAUGGGCGCUGCUAUAACUAACGCCUUCAUAGCCUUCGAUCGCUACAAGACCAUAUCGAAUCCCAUUGAUGGACGCCUGAGCUAUGGACAGAUUAUUAUGUGCAUUAUAUUCACCUGGCUAUGGGCCACGCCUUUUUCAGUGCUGCCGCUAUUUCAAAUAUGGGGACGUUAUCAGCCUGAGGGAUUUUUGACCACCUGCACCUUUGACUAUCUGACCAAUACGGACGACAAUCGUUUGUUUGUGCGCACCAUAUUCGUUUGGUCGUAUGCCAUACCCAUGGUCAUGAUACUCUGCUCCUACUACAAGCUCUUCUCGCAUGUGCGCUCGCAUGAGCGCAUGCUGGCCGCCCAGGCUCAAAAGAUGAACGUCAAAUCGCUGGCGGCAAAUGCCAACACGGACUCCAUGAGCGUGGAGCUGCGCAUUGCCAAAGCAGCAUUGAUUAUCUACAUGCUGUUUGUCUUGGCCUGGACUCCCUACUCGGUGGUGGCUUUGAUUGGCUGCUUUGGCGAGCAGCAGCUCAUCACGCCCUUCAUUUCCAUGCUGCCCAUGCUGGCGUGCAAGAGUGUCUCUUGCUUGGAUCCCUGGGUGUAUGCGACAAGUCAUCCAAAGUAUAGGCUGGAGCUGGAGCGACGUUUACCUUGGCUGGGCAUAAGAGAGAAGCAACACACGAGCUCAAGUGGUGGUGGCGGUGGUGAGAGUAUCGCCAGUGUUAGUGGCGAUACUUUGGCUAUGAGCGUGCAGAACUAAAGGACAAAUGAUUUGGCCACAUCUAAAGAUCUAACUAUAAUUAAUGUUGUACAUGCAAUGAACUAAAAGAGUUCCGAAAAUACACAAACCAAAAAAAGUUGGCAUUCAAA